AUGACGGCGGAGUGCCAAACACAGCAGCGGAAUCAAGCCACAACCCCAAAGCUCAGCACUGCUAAUAGCAAUGACCUCGAGAAGCGCCACAAUGAUUUAUUCCAAGCAUUCUGGGAGAACCUACAGAACCGCGCUCGGAGAGCAAUGACUGGGUGGCGAAACCGUGUGGAAGCGGGUGAGAGGAGCCACAGGCAACUGCGAGAGGGGGAGCCAGGUUCGAGCAUGGCACCAAACUACUGGCCGACACUCACAUAUCCUGGCCCACCACAACCUUCCGGGGACUCACCCCUGCAACCGAGUCGGGACCCAACGCGCAACAAGAAACCAAGCCCCCAGGGGAAACAGGGCCGAUUACUGAACUGCAACUCCCCAAGACAGGCUGCCGCCGCGGCCCCCACUUGA